AUGGAUCUAAUCAUAAAGAUUUUUUUAGAUGCUAAAUUAGUAUACACAGUAAGAAAAUUCAAGAAGAGCUCACUUGUAAAUUUUCGUGGAAAUAAAAAAGAAAGUUAAGAGAAGGAGAUUAAUAGAAAAAAAGUUAAAACUAAGAAAAAGAAAUUAAUUAAUUUAUUUCAAAAAAUUUGA